CCUCUCUGGGGAGCAAGGGACAAACAGUGCUGCCCAGAGUGAACCAGAGUGGUUUGGGGAACAAAAGGAGAAUCGCCCAGGGAGGGAAGGAUAAAGCUACAUGUGCCUGGCAAGGACACCAAGCAAAGAGCAGACGUGUCUGGAGACAGCCAGGGCAGGACGAGUUUCAGAGGAAGGGACAGAAGAUAGAGCAGCACUAUUUUAAGAGGGAGCACCAGAAGGGAGCCUAAGAACCCACAGAUAGUCUGAGGUGAACAAGGAGGGUCCAGAGGCAGUAGAGAAGGCCAGGACCAGGGCCKCAGCCAGGGCCAGCAGAGCACUGAGGGGAUGAACUUCACCGUGGGCUUUAAGCCGCUGCUCGGGGAUGCGCACAGCAUGGACAGCCUGGAGAAGCAGCUCAUCUGCCCCAUCUGCCUGGAGAUGUUCUCCAAGCCCGUGGUGAUCCUGCCCUGCCAGCACAACCUGUGCCGCAAGUGCGCCAAUGAUGUCUUCCAGGCCUCKAACCCUCUAUGGCAAUCCCGGGGCUCCACUGCUGUGUCUUCAGGAGGCCGUUUCCGGUGCCCAUCUUGCAGGCAUGAGGUGGUCCUGGAUCGACACGGUGUGUAUGGCCUGCAGCGAAACCUGCUAGUGGAGAACAUUAUAGACAUUUAUAAGCAGGAGUCUUCCCGGCCACUGCACUCCAAGGCUGAGCAGCACCUCAUGUGUGAGGAACACGAGGAGGAGAAGAUCAAUAUCUACUGCUUGAGCUGUGAAGUGCCUACCUGCUCUCUCUGCAAGGUCUUUGGUGCCCACAAGGACUGUGAGGUGGCUCCACUGCCCACCAUUUACAAACGCCAGAAGAGUGAGCUCAGCGAUGGCAUUGCAAUGCUGGUGGCAGGAAACGACCGUGUGCAAGCAGUGAUCACACAGAUGGAGGAGGUGUGCCAGACCAUUGAGGACAACAGCCGCAGGCAGAAGCAGUUGCUAAACCAGAGGUUCGAGACCCUGUGCGCGGUGCUGGAGGAGCGUAAGGGCGAGCUCCUGCAAGCGCUGGCUCGGGAGCAGGAAGAGAAGCUGCAGCGCGUCCGCGGACUCAUCCGUCAGUAUGGAGAUCACCUAGAGGCUUCCUCUAAACUGGUGGAGUCAGCCAUCCAGUCCAUGGAGGAGCCGCAGAUGGCACUAUACCUGCAGCAGGCCAAGGAGCUGAUCAAUAAGGUCGGGACAAUGUCGAAAGUGGAGCUAGCGGGACGGCCGGAGCCAGGCUAUGAAAGCAUGGAGCAAUUUUCUGUGAGCGUGGAGCACGUGGCCGAAAUGCUGAGGACCAUCGACUUCCAGCCGGGCGCCGCUGGGGAAGAAGAGGAUGAGGAGGUGGCGCUGGACGGGGACGAGGGCAGUGCAGGACCAGAGGAAGAGCGACUGGACGGGUCAGAAGGGCUGCACUGACCCGAUCCCUAGUCGAGAGCCCACGCGCACGGAACCUGGCGCCAGCGUCCUGGAGUAUCUGUACRGAGACCACCGCCGCCACCCACUUUGGCGCCAGGCGCCAGGGGAAGGCCUCAAUAAAGGAAUUUUGCGUCCCA